CUGUUAAAUGUGCCUUGUGCUGGUCUCCAUAGCCACCCACUUUACGUCAGGAAGGGAAGCCAGUAUAUUUCCUCCCCUUCUUUAUCUAAAGGAAGUGCCAAAAUAAGCAUCAGCAGCGGAGCACCCAAGCUUGGAACACCUUUUCCACUGGCCACUCAGUUGGAGUCUGAGGAAGAAGUCAGAAGAGUUCACGGACGCAGAAUCACCAUGAAGACUAUCAGGGUUCUUGUCAUCCUUCUGCUCGCAUCUGUCCAUAUCUUCACACCAGUGUCAUCAGAUGACACACCACCAGCAGAUACAGCAGCAGCAUCGGCAGCACCUGCAGCAUCCUCAGCAACAACACCAGCUCCCACUGCUUCUCAUAAUACCAGCAGCAAAACUCCUGAGAACAUGUCAUCAGAUGACACAACUGACACACCACCAGCGCAUACAGUGUCAUCAGAUGACACAACUGACACACCACCAGCACAUACAGAUGCAGCACCUGCAGCAUCCUCAAUAACAACACCAGCUCCCACUGCUUCUCAUAAUACCAGCAGCAAAACUCCUGAGAACAAAAACAAUGAGCCUUCAAGAGCCCCAACAACUGAGAACACUGCUUCAACUACAGCAGCAUCUGCAGACAAUACUAUGAGCAGCACAUUUCAAGCUGUUACACAGAACGGCGAUGAAAGAAACAACUCUAAGACCAUGACAGGGAGCAAGAAAAAUGAGACUCAAGGACCCAACAGCACUGAAAACCAAAACACAGGCAAAGGACCCAAUAACAGCACUGAAAACCAAAACGCAGGCAAAGUUACACCUCCUCCUGUCCCAGAUACAUAUCGCAUCAAACAACUCCAAGUAUGCCAAAACAACCGAAUGAAAACGCCAAAGAGAAAGGUGCUGAUUCUCAGACUGGCCGUGAUGAGAAAGUUCCCCCCAAAUCAGACAAAAGGCUGUGGUGGAUUGUGUUGCCUGUCCUCCUGGUUGGAGCUGCUGCCGCCAUUGUCCUCAAAUUCAAAUGCAAGAAGAUCCAUGAUCACUCAGAAUCCACUGAUAAUGGAACUGAGAACGCAUCUUUCCAGAGCAGACCUGAAAGCACCAAAGAUGGUGUCAUGCUCCUCGGGGUGAAGUCAUCAGGCGGAGAAGAAAAUGCUGCUGCGAGAUAAAAAGAAGGGCUGCAACAUCAAGAUCGGCCAGUGGACGAGUCACACCUGUCGCCCGAUAGUCUGAAGGAACUGUUUAGAUGUUUGAUUUUUUUUGUGUGUGUGAAUUUUGUGAAACAUUUUGUGUGUUUUUUUUAAUGUAAAUGGUAAAUGGACUGUACUUGUAUAGUGCCUUUCUAGUCUUCCGACCACUCAAAGCGCAUUCACCCCAUUCACACACUGAUGGGUCAUCAGUACAAACAAACUAAUUAAUCAUUCACACACACUCACACACUGAAGGCACAGCCCUCAGGAGCAAUUUGGGGUUCAGUGUCUUACCCUAGGACACUUCAACACAUGGGCUAGGGGGAAGCUGGGAUCGACCUUCCAAUUGGUGGAAGGUCGCCCUGUACGAUUCUGUAUACUGAAAGCAGGUUUAUAAAGCAGGGUUUGUGCCUGGAUCAUAAAUCUCAGCGCAAGUGAACUUAUUUUCAACCAAAAUAUGUUCCUACAGACUUAACACAGUAAAUCUCUUUGAAUUGAUAGCAUAGGCUAAAUACAUUAAGCAGAUCAAUCAUUGCCUGUGCAAUAUAGCAAAUAAAAACUUAAUCUAUGCACCAGUUCAGUAUACUAUUAACAACAACAAACUUAAAUACAGCUGCAAAUCUAAUUUCCGUCUACUUGUUGGGCCACAAAACAUGUUUUCUGUAGAGUACACUGACCUCAGAUCCAUCACAUAUUUGAUGUAAUAAAUCUCUGUUCAUUUCUUAGUUUUAUAACUAUGCUUUGGUUGUGUUGUUACCCACCAUUUAUUUGCCUUGAACUAUUUUGUAGAUGAUGAUGUUUUGUUUUGUUUAACAUUCAGUCACCAGAAGAUGGUAUAAGAACAGGCUUUUUUCAGGCGUUCUCCAUUUUUUAUGUAUUUCUUUUUCAGUAAAUGUAACAUUCAAGCACAAUGAACAAGUAAAGCAGAUGUUGGGGAUUGUAUUUAAAGACACAGGAACUACUUUAUGGCUGGAAUUUGUCACUCUCAACCUCUAUUUCCUCAAUAAAUCACUAUAAAAUGG